AUAACAUGCGCCCACAUCCAACACGCUCAGAUCGCUCUCUUCUGCACACGAGAGCAAAUGCGCUUAACGCGAUCAGCAUUCAGUCAGCUUGUUUAAUAUUCAUUCCAAAGUCAUAUGCAAUGUGCACUGCUCACCAUCAUGAUUAUUCAACAAGCUCGCCCACUGCAGUUUACAGCUGAUGCUGACGCUUCAGUUCAAUUUCUACUUUCGCUCAAUAGUAGGUACUUUCAAACAUAUUUUUUACUUUCGCUGGAUUUGCUCAUCACACGAAUCUAUAGCAAGAUCUUAAAGGCGUACACAAAGCUCCAAAUAAACAUACAUACAUACAAAAACAUAUGUAUGUAAAUGCAGGCGCUUUGCCUUUUAAAUAGGCGACAGUUUUGUGCGCCAAUUUAGUUGCUACGUUCACUUGGAAAAUAACGCACCACACGAAAGGUAGAAUUUUUCUAAUAAUGCAGCUGCAUUUCGGGAAAUUUUGGUUAUUGACAGCGCUGCUCUGUCUUAGCGGCAUCGGUUUGGGCAAUCGUCUAAUGCUGGCGGAUGCUUGGGUAGCGCGUGGCAAUUAUCAUAAUGAUGCGCAUCCCGGCAAGUGUGCCAUCACCGAAACAUUGAUCAUCUCGCCUGGCGAGUCUGUGAAAUCUCCAUCUCAAUGCGCUCAGAUUCAUUGCGGCAAUGCAGAGGGAGAUGCGCGUAUUGUUGGUUGUGGCUCAGUUGGUGCGCCAGAUGGCUGUAAGUGGGGCGAUUAUGUUGACAAAAAUGCACCCUUCCAGCAAUGUUGUGCUCGGCAUCUGAUCUGCGAUGGUGGUUUGAACAAUGAGACGCAGCGUCUUCAAGAGCAUAUUUGGGGAAUGUUCGCUCCGAAACUGAAGAAUGUAGGAAUUCAGGGUGCCGCAGAAACGAAGGAGUAAAUAGAGAUGGAAUUU